AAUAAGCGUCAGACUAUGAGCUCUUUGUAACCCUCUUGUGUCGCAUUGACAGCGUGUCUUUUCAAAAUAAACGUCUGUCUUCACAGGAAGUUUAGGAAUAGAGCAUGAUUGUGGGGAGGGGGGAAGGGAUCGAGAACCAAAAAAAGGGACAAGUUACGAAAUAAAGACAACUUUGUCUCCUCUAGUCCGGUAGAACCAAUCUGCCGAUUUUCAAUCUUAUCUCGCACUAUCUAAGUUUGGUAUAUAACGUGAACAUCUUGUGUGGCCCCCUACUUGACAUCAACGUUUAGUGUUAGUGCGGCCCUCGCGUUUUUCUCACACGCACGAUUUUCGGACACUUUCAAUUGAUUGAAGUCCGCGAAACCCCCUCCGGAGAACGGCCGGUGUUACGGUUAAACAGUCGACCCUGUUAACUUUCGACUUUUCACGUAUAGCGGUCCUCGUGAAUGCCUCUUGGUUUAAUUUUGUAAUGGAGUGUCAACCCCUCUCAUAUACAUAAUAAUAUAUACUAUACAAAUUAAACAAAGCGGCAUUCAUGAGGGCAGCUACGUGUUCUUCUCCUAUUUUCAACAGCUGCCUAACUACGACAACAACGGACGCGUUUGUUCAAAGUCGCCAGUUAACACGGUCGCUUCUUAAACCGUAACACCGGUCAACGCGGAAAUACCGCAUCCAAAAGUAGUUUACGGUUACGGUUUCUUCAGCCGAAGUACGUGCCAUCCAGCCCCCCAUAAUUCGGUGUGUACGGCUUAAGUGCAGCGUUCGAUUUUCAAACACUUAAAUUAGGUUGAAAUCCGUGAAAUGUCACCGGAGAACGGCCGCUCAACGCGGAAGUACCGCAUCGAAAUGUCGAACGCGUUUGAGUACUUUCUCCAUAGUUAUUAAGGAGCAGUGGGCUGCAGUGAAGCGCCCCGGGAGCAACUGGGGGUUCAGUGUCUUGCUCAAGGACACUUCAACAUGAAACUAUGGGGAACGAACAAGAGACCUUGUGGUUACGGGACUCUCCCCACUGAGCUACAGCCGACUAAUGUAUGCACACCAUUCAGUGGUGAGAAGUAUGCUGAUGCCAUUGUGCAAGAUGCCCUCCUGUGCUUCAAACGGCACUCAUGGACCUGCAGUGCAACUCUGAACUCAAAGCCAAGUUCAAGGAGGUUUCCAGGGGGCAUUGCAAAACUGGCAAGGUAUAUCCAUGACCGUGGAUUGAAGCUGGGCAUCUAUGCAGACAUGGGCACUCACACAUGUAUGGGAUUCCCUGGCACCACACUGGAUACAAUCAACAUUGAUGCCCAGACCUUUGCCAGCUGGGGGGUAGACUAUCUGAAGUUUGAUGGCUGUAGCUCAAAUCCCAUAGAACAAAUGCUGGGUUACCCUCUGAUGUCCAAGGCUUUGAAUGCUACAGGCAGACCGAUGGCCUACUCCUGUAGUUGGCCUGUCUAUGUUGGAGGCCUUCCCCCAAAGGUGAACUAUUCCCUUCUGGGUGAUAUCUGUCACCUGUGGAGGAAUUACGUCGAUAUCCAGGACUCAUGGGACAGUGUGCAAGGCAUCGUUGAGUGGUUCUCCAACAACCAGGAUGAUCUGCAGCCGGCAGCGGGGCCUGGACGAUGGAAUGACCCUGACAUGCUCAUCAUUGGAAACUUUGGUCUUAGUGUGGACCAGGCUCGCGCUCAGAUGGCUCUGUGGGCUAUAAUGGCUGCGCCUCUCAUCAUGUCUAAUGACCUCCGAAACCUGGACAACAGUGCAAGGUUCAUCCUGCAAAACAAAGUGGCAGUUGCCAUAAACCAGGACUCCAUGGGAAUCCAGGGAAGACGCCUUUUGCAGGAGAAGAAUCAUAUUGAGGUUUACUGGAGGCCUCUGUCUCAUUCAGCCAGUGCCCUUGUGUUCCUGAGUCGACGGACAGACAUGCCCUCCCUCUACCACACCUCUCUGGCUAAACUCAAAUACGAUACUGGCAACUAUGAGGCCUAUGAUGUGUUUACUGGCUCAACAGUGACAGGGUUGAACGCCACCACACAGUUUACAUUAUCCAUCAAUCCCUCGGGUGUUGUCAUGUGGUAUGUCUACCCAGAACAAACCUCCAAAGAGACGGAAACGCUCCACUACCAGCACAACAAAGCCUCACAAUUCACCUUCCACAAAGCUGAACCUGGGCAUCUUACAGUGUUAUAAAUUAACUGUUGUGGAGAAAAUAAUGCUACGUUGGAAUUUUAUAGAAUCAUUUACAUGCUCAAUCAAAGUCAUGUCACCUCUACUUUGACUUAUCAUUGAACAUAUGCUCUUUAGCUCUAAUUUUUGUAAAUGUUUUUUUAUGUUCUCUUCUCUUUUUAAUUGUUUAGAGGUGCCUUUAC